GAACUUAUUGACCAAUUUUAUCAUAAUAUUAACCAUCUACAAUUACGCAUGCACAUUUUGAGUAAUCCACAGCACUAAAGGCGUAUCUAUUUAGUUAAAUGCAUGUAUAAACAACUAAAAUACCAUAACUUUGUCGUUUUGCGCACUUUCUGUAUACAACAUUCGUUUAUUUUAAAUAACGAAGUUAUAGCACUUGUUGUGUUUAGCACAGUUCACUGAUUCUCCGAUUUCAUUUGAGUUUACAAAUAUGAGCGAUACUUCUACCAAAAAUAAGCAAAAGUUUGACAAGAAAGUGUUGGCUGAUGCAAGAAAAAAGUUAUUAGCAGAAAAGCGAGCGCAAGCUAUUGUUGAACAGUUGCUGGAAAGUAAUGUCUCCGAGGAUUUAUUCCAAAAGUCGGUUUAUUACUUGAGCGUUGACCGUUAUGCUGAUGUAGUGGAAGAAAGAUCAAUCACAAAAAUAUGUGGUUAUCCUUUAUGUUCGAAUAGUCUGAAAAAUAUACCAAGGCAGCAGUACAAGAUUUCGAACAAUGUUGUUUAUGAUAUCACAGAGCGAAAGAAGUUUUGCAGCAAUUUUUGUUACCAAUCAUCUAAAUAUAUUCAAGAACAAAUUCCAACCUACCCAUUGUGGUUGAGGGAAUCUGAUGAUAAAGUGAGAAUUACUCUUUUGAAGAUUGGAUCUGGUUCGAAGGGUGAAAAAGUCGAUCUACUACAUUUUGUUCAACCUAGUGAUGCUGAAAUGGAGUCUGAAUUUCAGGAUGAGAGCCAAGCAGAUGCCACACAUAAUUCAAGUACCGAUAAUAAUUGUAGGGAAGUUAGAGAAUCAAGGAAAAAGACAACCCGAAUAAAAUUGUGUGACCCAACGAAGAGCCCGGGUUUGGUUACUAGAUGUAAUGAAAAGAUAAAAGUUGAUUUGGAUGAAUUGGUUGGUUUGUUUGGGGAGUGGGUCACAAGAAAGACUUUGGUAAGACUUAAAUUGCUUCCAGAAGAUGACACCCAUGUUGAUGUUGCUCCUGUGGAUGCCAAUGAACAAAGAAGAGCAGCCAAGCUGAAGUUGCUGGAGGAGAGGAUGAAUAAGAUUGCGGGAGGUAAGCAAAUCCAGGAAAAGCAACCACUUCCAAGUUAUGAAGAAGUGAAUGAAUAUGGUCAGCGGGUUGAACAAUAUUUUCGAGGACAGUUCACUGCAGUUCAAGGUAGACAUGUGAUGAAACCAAACAAAAAGAAAAGUGAUGAAGAAGAGGACACAACUUCACAGCAUGUUGUUCCUACUGUCGAUUCAAAGAACCAGUUAAGCAUAAGAAAAAGGAUAUUAAUGGAAAAGUUUUCUAAAUCGCUUUCAACUAUUGACUCCACCAUGCACAAUCCAGCAAUUUUACAAGACAUUCGAUGUGUAGUAGACACUUUUAAUUUAACGAGCAAAAAUGUCAUGCUUAAGCCUGAUCAACUUGUUGUUGUCACCCUCAUGAUUCUUGAAUUGUUACAAAGAAGUUCCAGUUUUUCAAAUACUUUACUUUCAUCAUCUGUUUCUGCAUUUUUAAAAACUAUCAGCCUAGAAAUUGAAGAAAUUAAAACAGCUGUUGAGCACAUUGUUGAAAAAAUUGUUUCUAGGCCCCCUUAAUGUGUAUAUAUUUAUUUUCACUUUGUCUCCCUCUAUAUAUAUAUAUAAACUCUUUUUUUUAACUCUUUAUAUAUAUACCUUUUUUG